GAGCUCUUAAGCUUAAGUGCACUCAGCCGUCUUUCUUGUCUCCACCUUUCUCCGCUUGCCCACUGUUAUUCUUUCCUGAUGCUGGUCACAAAGGUCGCUCGUCCUGCACACGCUGCAUUCCGUCGUUCUCUCGCUCCCCUUUCUACCUGGUCUGCUGUUCCUGCUGGCCCACCGGACCCCAUUCUCGGCAUCACCGAGGCUUUCAAGGCCGACAAAGAUGCUCGCAAAAUCAACCUCGGUGUCGGUGCUUACAGAGAUGAAAAUGGAAAGCCUUAUGUCCUCAACGCCGUAAAGAAGGCGGAAGAGUUCCUGACAGCCGCUAAAAACGACAAAGAGUACCUCCCUAUCACCGGUCUCGCAGACUUCACUAAAAACGCUGCAAAACUCGCCUAUGGCGCUGAGAGCAAGCCGCUCAAUGAGAACGCGAUUGCCAUCACUCAAUCCAUCUCUGGAACAGGCGCCCUCAGAAUCGGUGGUGCAUUCCUCGCAAGGCACUACCCCCACUCCAAGAUCAUCUACCUGCCCGUACCCUCAUGGGGUAACCACACCCCCAUCUUCAAGGACUCUGGUCUCGAAGUUAGAGGUUACAGAUACUUUGACAAGAAAACCGUAGGAUUGGACUUUAACGGCCUUAAAGAGGACUUGCAGAAUGCCCCAGAGGGCGCUAUCGUCCUUCUCCACGCGUGUGCGCACAAUCCAACAGGUGUCGACCCUACCCAAGCCCAGUGGGCCCAGAUAUCCGACAUCGUCAAGGAGAAGAAGCUCUUCCCCUUCUUCGACAUGGCCUACCAGGGCUUCGCCUCCGGCUCCACGACCCGCGAUGCCUUCGCCGUGCGACACUUCGUCCAAGAGGGCCACCAAAUCGCCCUCUCCCAGUCGUUCGCAAAGAACAUGGGACUGUACGGUGAGCGUGUAGGCGCGUUCUCGCUGACGACCACAAAUGCGGAAGAGAAGGCUCGCGUGGAGAGUCAGCUAAAGAUCAUCGUGCGCCCGAUGUACUCCAACCCACCGCUCCACGGUGCGCGCAUCGCCAACACGAUUCUCUCGCGCCCAGAGCUGUACCAGGAAUGGGAGGGCGAGGUGUUGACGAUGGCCGAGCGUAUCAUUAGCAUGCGUGAGAAGCUGUACGACAGUUUGACAAAAGAGCACAGCACGCCCGGGGAGUGGGGACACAUCAAGAGCCAGAUUGGCAUGUUCAGUUUCACUGGAUUGAAGGCUGAGCAUUGCAAGGCGUUGGCUGAAAAGGCUCACGUGUAUAUGACGAUGGAUGGUCGUAUUUCUAUGGCUGGGUUGAACGGUAAUAAUAUCGAGUACUUCGCGCAGAGUGUGGAUGCUGCUGUUCGGGGCACUCUGUAAUGAUUCGUGAUGUAAUCUCGUUUAGAAUUUGGCAUUGCGCCAUAUAGUUAUUCUCAUACGUGAAAAGCAAAUAUGUUGAGUGCUUCAUAUCGGCUCAUGACGAAUAUCCAACUUGACAAAGUAGGUAGUGGUCUUCACAAUCU